CGCUCGACGGCAAAGCAGAGCCCUCAUCUGGAUUCUGGAUCGAGCUCCUCUAAAAUCUCACACAAACCCUUGGAGGAAGAUGCCGUUCAGCCGGCCGAUCGUGCACCCCGUGCAGGCGCCGCCGUCGCAGGCGCAGGGGAACGAAAAUCCUGCCCCGAUUGGAGUGCGGAUGAAGAACCCGCAGGGGUCGCCGGGGACAUUAGGCGGGAUCGGCUUCCGCGUCGCGCAGGCAUCUUUCGCGGCCACCUCGCUCGCCACCAUGGCGUCGACCCGCGUCUUUCCCUCCGUCUCCGCCUUCCGCUACCUCGUAGCAGCUGCAACUCUGCAAUGUUUGUGGAGCCUCACUAUAGCCUCUGUGGAGAUCUAUGCACUUCUCGUCAAACGUUCCUUCCGAAACCUUGAAGCUGCAUGCCUGUUUUCCAUUGGAGAUGGGAUCACAGGGUCGCUAACUUUUAGUGCAGCAUGUGCAGCAGCUGGCGUCACCGUUCUCAUUGGAACUGAUGUGGGGAUGUGCGCGGGUAAUCCUUGUGCAUUGUUUAUGACUGCUGUUGCAAUGGCUUUCCUCAGCUGGUUUGCACUUGCACCGUCAUUUCUCUUUAACUUCGGUUUCAUGGCUUCCAGUUUAUCAGUAAUAUUAAGAUAAGAGUUUAUAAAGUGUAAUUGCGCCAUUUUCGCACUGGAUUGUGUUUUGUGGUGUGGCACAUGUAACAAUAAUAAGCCCUGAUAGCAAUGACUGCAUGUUGAAUGAAGGAUGUUAGAAAAUAUAUGUUGAACAAUAUGUGGAAUAACUUGAUGUCCAAAA